GGUGCCUUUUUAAUAAGUUCUGAAGAACUUGAAAGAGAAAGCGCUUUGCAGGAUGGAAACAUUGAAGGCUUCUAGAGAGGAUCUGGCUCUUAGCUGAGAUUUUAAAAGAGGACCCGUGUAGGACUUUGCAGGACCCGUAGGCUUAAAUAUAGAGAAGCGUGGGAAGAGUGUUCUGGGCAGAGGAAAAGAGAGGCGCGGUGCCGGAAGCAGCACAUCAAAUGAAAGAAAAUAGCCUAAACUUUUGAGCCUCUGGAUCAUUGGGGAUUGUGUCGUUUGGCUGUUGGGAGGAUCGAUGGAACAGUUCCCAUGAGGCUUGACUGUAAAUACAGAGUCCCCAGCAGUGCCAGGCACGUCGUAGGAAACACCGCAGUCACCAGGACCUUUGAUCUGAUAGUGGCUUCUGUUUGUCAGUCCCGCAUAAAAAGAACAGCUCAUCGGGAGGCUAUCCACAGCAGGGCGAGAGGCUACCAACACCAUGUUCUGCACGAAGCUGAAGGAUCUCAAGAUCACAGGAGAGUGCCCUUUGUCCUUACUGGCACCGGGGCAGGCUCCCAAAGAGCCCGCAGAAGAGGUAGCAGGAAGCUCAGAGAGUGGCAAAACAACUCUGCCCAUCUGUCAGGAUGUUCCUGAGAAGAAUGUACCAAGAAGUCUUCCUCAAAGAAAGACCAGUAGGAGCCGCGUCUACCUUCACACGUUAGCAGAGAGCAUUUGCAAACUGAUUUUCCCAGAGUUGGAGCGGCUGAACCUUGCACUUCAGAGAACAUUGGCAAAACACAAAAUAAAAGAAAGCAGGAAAUCUUUGGAAAGAGAAGACUUUGAAAAAAUAAUUACAGACCAAGCAAUUGCAGCAGGAGUUCCAGCAGAAAUCAUCAAAGAAUCUCUCGGCGAAGAGCUUUUUAAAAUAUGUUAUGAGGAAGAUGAACACAUCUUAGGUGUGGUUGGAGGAACCCUCAAAGAUUUUUUAAAUAGCUUCAGCACCCUUCUGAAACAGAGCAGCCACUGCCAAGAGGCAGAAAAGAGAGGCAGGUUCGAGGACGCUUCCAUUCUAUGCCUGGAUAAAGAUCACAAUUUCUUAAAUGUUUACUAUUUUUUCCCUAAAAGAAUCACGUCUCUGAUUCUUCCUGGCAUCAUUAAGGCAGCUGCUCACAUUUUGUACGAAACCGAAGUGGAUGUGUCACUGAUGCCUCCCUGCUUCCGUACUGAAGGCAGCGAGUUCGUUAAUCAGCCCUAUUUGUUAUACUCGCUUCACGUCAAAAGCACCAAGCCAUCCCUGUCCCCGGGCAAGCCCCAGUCCUCGCUGGUGAUUCCUGCUUCCCUCUUCUGCAAGACCUUUCCUUUUCAUUUCAUGUUCGACAAAGACAUGACAAUUCUGCAGUUUGGCAAUGGCAUUAGAAGGCUGAUGAACAGGAGAGACUUUCAAGGAAAGCCUAAUUUUGAAGAGUACUUUGAAAUUCUGACUCCAAAAAUCAAGCAAACAUUUAGUGGAAUCCUGACCAUGUUGAACAUGCAGUUUGUGGUCCGAGUGAGGAGGUGGGACAACUCUGUGAAGAAAUCUUCCAGGGUGAUGGACCUCAAAGGCCAGAUGAUCUACAUUGUUGAAUCCAGUGCAGUCUUGUUCUUGGGCUCACCCUGUGUGGACCGAUUAGAAGAUUUUACGGGACGAGGGCUCUACCUCUCAGACAUCCCGAUUCACAAUGCACUGAGGGACGUGGUGCUGAUAGGGGAGCAGGCCAGGGCACAGGACGGCCUGAAGAAGAGGCUGGGCAAGCUGAAGGCCACCCUUGAGCAGGCCCACCAAGCUCUGGAGGAGGAGAAGAAGAAGACCGUGGAUCUCCUGUGCUCCAUAUUUCCCUGCGAGGUUGCACAGCAGCUGUGGCAAGGGCAAGUCGUGCAAGCCAAGAAGUUCAGUGAUGUCACCAUGCUCUUCUCAGACAUCGUUGGGUUCACCGCCAUCUGCUCCCAGUGCUCUCCACUGCAGGUUAUCACCAUGCUCAAUGCACUCUACACUCGCUUUGACCGGCAGUGCGGAGAGCUGGAUGUCUACAAGGUGGAGACCAUUGGCGAUGCAUAUUGUGUGGCUGGGGGAUUACACAAAGAAAGUGAUACCCAUGCUGUUCAGAUAGCACUGAUGGCCCUGAAGAUGAUGGAGCUGUCUGAUGAAGUUAUGUCUCCCCAUGGAGAACCUAUCAAGAUGCGGAUUGGACUACAUUCUGGGUCAGUUUUUGCUGGAGUCGUCGGCGUUAAAAUGCCUCGUUACUGUCUUUUUGGAAACAACGUCACCUUGGCAAACAAAUUUGAGUCCUGCAGCAUACCACGGAAAAUCAACGUCAGCCCGACAACGUACAGAUUACUCAAAGACUGUCCUGGUUUUGUGUUUACCCCUCGAUCAAGGGAGGAACUCCCACCAAACUUCCCCAGUGAAAUUCCUGGAAUCUGUCAUUUUCUGGAAGCUUAUCAACAAGGAACAAAUUCAAAACCAUGGUUCCAAACGAAAGAUGUUGAAGAUGGCAAUGCCAAUUUUUUAGGCAAAGCCUCAGGAAUAGAUUAGCAAAAUGUAAACCCGGGUAUUAGGCUUGGGUUUUGACUCCUACGAGCAUGUGUGGAAUCUCUGAAAGCACUUUAAGAUUGCAGAUGACUAAGAACAAUAUUCAAAUUUCAGGAGCUAAGUCACCAUCUACUUUUUCUUCCAUUUAACAUGACAAAAAUGUAUUCACUUCAAUACUUCAAGUCUUCAGAGAAAAAAAAAAAAGGAAAGAAGCCUCAAAAAUGACAUUUGGGGGAUAUUUCUGUUACUAUAACAAACACUUAUUACCUGUACUCAAAACUCAGCACCUUGUACAUAUAUCCGGUAAUUGUAGUGACCUGACUUGCACAAACUGAUGGGGUUACCUGCAGUCUGUGCCCUAGUGGAAUGGUUGUUAAAGUGUAUUUGUGAUAGUGUUGCCUUAAAAAAGCUUUCUGAAUAGAAAUGAUAGUCUUUGAUACCAUAAGCUCUUUGAACCUUUCAAGUCUGCCUUUUCUUACAUUUCUUCAUUUAACUGUUGGCAUAGAUAACAAAAUAGGUUGAGUGUUUUUUCUGUUGCACUGUUUCUUCUCCAUUUUUUAAGAAGAUAAGCAAUUAUGGGUUAGAUGCAAUAUGAAUAUAAAAUAGUUCAUCUAUAAAUAUCAAAGACUGUUUUAUAAAAAUAUCUGCCAUAACAUAAUAUGUCAUAUCAAUAAAUAUCGACUUUUGUUUGACAUUAUUCUGCACUUUGGUAAAGGCUAUUUUCAUUCAUAUUAGCAAUUUAAUUCCUAUUAAUUCGUUUUAUGUCAUAAUAUCCAGGAUACAAGAGGCUUAUAGCCAAUAUAAAAAUGCAGUAAUAUCAUUCUAAUUUAAUUAGAAGUAACAUGGGAGUAAUGUAAGGAUCAGGGAAUAUACCAUGAAGUACAGACGUAAAACAUUUAAACACACACACACACACACACACACACACACAUGUAGAGUGAUUUGGAUCUAUUUCAGCAGCCAUUCUGCAUUGCCAUGUUGAGCUCUAUAAAGUUCCAGUGAGAAAUUUAAGUUCAGAAGUGGGAAAUGAGACUUGUUCUUUUUGCUAAUAGCUUAUUUUUUAAGUAUGUGUGUUGGACACUUUGGUGUGUAUGUAUAUCCUAAGAAUCAUCAAGUUUUUUUGUCUAAUCAAGUACACAUCCGUGAAUUUUUCUAUUCUGAGAUAUCACAAUGUUAUUUUUUAAAGAGAAUGUUAGUAUUGAUGAAAAUGAUGCUGCGACUUCAUUAUGGAAAUUCCUAAACAUUUUUCUGGAGCCGGAACUUUUAUUUUUAAUGACAUUAGCCUAAGCUCUCUGAAGAAGAGAGUAAUCUACAGAGUUUGGUUUUGGAUAAGGAUUUGAUUUUUAAAAGAUCUCAGUUUCAAAGCAGGAGAAAGAUGAACAUUGCAAUAUUUAAAUCAGUAUUAGCAGUCAUUGAUACACUAGCCUGGUGACCUCAGGAAUAAAAAAGUCACCAUUCAUUGACCUCUAGCAUCCCCAGUUUUCUACUACAGAUAUGGCAAUGAUUAUCAUUUAUUAAAUGAUAUCCCAACAUCUUGAAGCACUGAUUAUAUCUCACUAAAUACCAAUCCUAUUAUUGGAAAGUAUCACAGGUCUUGGGAAAACAGAAUUUUGGAAUGAACCCUCAUUAUAGCGAAAUAAUAAGAAUUAAGGGAUUAAAGGAAAUUAAAAAGCAUAGAAUAAAAUGUUUUCUUUAUCAAAU